CAUGUUGGACUUACACGGGACAAGAAAGAAAAAUAUAAGUCUUGUCAAGCCGCACCACAAGGCACUGGGGGAUGCUACAGCACUCUGAAUUUCCAACCAUUUUAAGGAUAUUUGACCUCAGAGAAGACAUUUUGUAAUUGUAACAUUUUGGAGCCUUCCAUGUCUCCAUGACUGACUGACCCAGCAAAGAAGACUCAAGGUGCAAACCAUGGAUCAAGAUUUGUUCGGAGGGGCCCCCAGGUUCCUCACCCGGCCCAAGGCGUUCUCCGUGUGCGUCGGCAAGGACGCCACGCUGAGCUGCACCAUCGUAGGCAGCCCCACACCGCUCAUCACCUGGGAGAAAGAGAAGCUGAGGCUGACAUCCGGGGGACGCUUCAAGACCGUGGAGGACGGCGAUGUGUACCGUCUGACCAUCUAUGACUUGGCGCUGGAAGACAGCGGUCAGUACCUGUGCAGGGCCAAAAACAGCGUCGGGGAGGCCUACGCUGCCGUGACCCUUAAAGUGGCCCUUCCAACAGAAAUGACUCCCAGGGCUCCCGUUUUCAUGCUCAAGCCCACCUCGGCACGUGUGGGCUUGGGCACAGAUGCCGUGUACCACUGCAGAGUGGUCGCUCACCCCGAGGCCAACUUCGACUGGGAGAAGGAUGGCCGCUACCUGGGCGAGUCCAACCGCAUCAAGAUCUCUUCGGACAGCGACAGCAGCAGCUUAAAGAUCCUGAGCGUACGCUACCUGGACAGUGGCACAUACACCUGCAGGGCCCAGAACACUUUGGGCCGGGCGCACGCCGCAGCGGCGCUGGUGGUGGACGCCCAGGAUGCCCACUUGCUCGCCACGGACAACCACACCUCUCUCCUCUCUCACCUCCAGAAGCGCAAAGAAGAAAUGAAGAAGGAUAUAUCUGUCUUUCACACCGAGGACAGCGCCACCUCUGCCAAAAUCACGGAUGGUUUGCGUUGUAUGAGUCUGGAGCACGAUGUGAGGUCGUCGGUGCUGGCUAUGCUGCCCAAGGGCGUGUUCACCCGCACCUGCACCGUGACGGAGGGCAAGCACGCCAAACUCAGCUGCUUUGUAACUGGUCACCCCAAGCCCCACAUCAUCUGGAGGAAGGACGGAGCAAAUAUUAGCGAUGGCCGCCGCCACGUCAUAUACGAAGACCACGCGGAGAACUUCAUCCUCAAGAUCCUAUACUGCAAGCAGAGCGACAACGGUUUCUACACCUGCAAUGCCACCAAUAUGGCCGGUCAGACCUACAGCGCUGUGCUGGUAACAGUCAAGGAGCCAAAGGUGCCAUUCAGGAGGAAGCUUCAAGACGUGGCGGUCCAAGAGAAAACGUCGGCCACGCUGAUGUGCGAGGUGCCGCUGACCGGCAGCCGGGCCGACUGGUUCAUGGAGGAAACGCGUCUGGAACAAAACGCCAAGUAUCGCAUGGAGGAACAAGGCACCCUGCGUCGCCUCACCAUACACAACGUGACCACCAACGACGACGCCGUUUACAUCUGUGAGAUGAAGGAGGGCAGCCGCACGGUGGGCGAGCUCACCGUCCUGGGCAACAUUACGAAGAAGCUUCCUCGGAGGACAGUCGUUCCCGUCAGCGACACUGUCAUCUUCUGCGUGGAGCUGGAGCAGCCCUGUCCUGACACCUACUGGACCCGCAACGGAGACAAGUUAAAGGCGGAUUCCCGUAUUACCAUCGCUUGUUUGCUCCGACAGUACACGCUCACCAUCCGAGAGUGUCAAGCUGACGACUCGGGAGAAGUGGCCUUUGUGGCUGGAGACUGCAAGACAUCCACGCGAUUCUCUGUCACCGCGGCAAGGAAGCAUCCUCCUGAUCCCCCAGUUGAUGCUGUGGUGCAGAACAAGACUGACUCAUCCAUCACCCUUCAGUGGUCUCCUCCGGACAGCGACCGCCCCGUGCCCAUCAAGGGCUACGUAGUGGAGAGGAGGAAGGUUGGCACUCAGACCUGGCAAAGGUGCAACCCCGGAGAAACGAUUUUGUCCACGGAGAUGACAAUCUGUAACUUCACAGAGGAAGCCACUUUCCAAUUCCGUAUCUCUGCCAUCAAUGACUUUGGUCAGAGUGACUACCUGGAGGUGCCCGGAAGCUUCUACCUUGAACCCACUGCCGAAAUCAGAAAAGGCCUAGUGGACAGCACCGCAGUCUCCGGCGAAGAGUUCUCCAUCUCAGUGGAGCUUUCAGCCCUGUGCUCGGGCUUCUGGUCUCUAAAUGGCCGCCUGCUGCGCAGUGGCGGCGACUACCUCAUCACCCGCUCCAAGAACAUUCACACGCUGCUCCUCCGAGAGGUCAACCUGGACAUGAAUGGAGCAGAAGUCAAGUUUGUGGGCGGAGGCUCGCAGAGUAGUUGCAUCUUAGCUGUCAAGGCGCCGCCUGUCCGGUUCACUAAUAAGUCAAAUCAGCAAGAGGUGAUCAUCUGUAGUGCCCAAGCAACCGCUCAGAUGACGGCUGACGUGUCAGAUUACAAUGCACAGGUGGUUUGGAUGAAAAAUGGGCGAGAGGUAAAAAUGGGCAAAAAGUACGAAUAUGUGACCAUGGACCGCAGGAGGAUCCUGAUGGUACACAACGUUACAGAGGAAGAUGUGGGCGUCUACGAGUGUGUUUGCGCUGAUGACAGAAUGUCCAUGCAGCUCACUCUUAAAGAUGAACCUGCCAAGUUCCUGAACAAGCCCAGAGGUCCCAUGGGCCUAUCGUCGUCACUCAAAGGAGAUCUUGAGUUGAGCUGCGAGGUUUCUCCCGCCAGCACAGCGGUCGUGUGGAGAAAAGAUCAGGUGGUGAUCUUCGAGGACCAAAGAACUACAAUCAUCUCCAAAGGAACCCUAAGGAAACUCAUCAUCAAGAAUGCAAAAAAAAGCGACGAGGGUCAAUACUCCUGCGAGACAGCCACUGACAAAGUCACAUUCCAGGUCAAGAUUAAAGAAUCUCAAGCCCAGCCUGCCUUCUCCGACAAGGAGUCAGUGCAGAGGGAGCUGAAAGUAGCUCUCUCCCAAAAAGCCAUUCUUAGUUGCACCGUGUCAGACAGCAAGACAGAGGUGAAAUGGUGCAAAGACGGCAAGCUGCUCAUAUCCAGUCGGACCAUUUACACUGAAAUCAAACGCAAUAACCGUCAACUGGUGAUAGAAAAAGUGGAGAAGAGUGAUGCUGGAGAGUACACCUGUGAGGCUGGAGGAGAGAAGCUGGUCUUUAAAAUAACUGUGCCUGACUCCCAGGCAGCAUUCUCUAACAAAGAAAUAGUCCAGAGGGAAGUGACAGCCACUCUCUCCGAGAGAGCUACUUUGAGCUGUGAAGUGUUUGAUUCCAACGAGGUGGUGAAAUGGUACAAAGACGGGAAGCUGCUUGAAUCCAGCAAGACAAUACAUGCUGAAACAAAGGGCAAGAGUCGUCAGCUGGCGAUCGACAGCGUGGAGAAGAAGGACUCUGGGGAGUACAUCUGUGAGGCCGGGGCAGAGAAGCUGGUCUUCAAGAUCCAUGUGACUGAGCCUCCACAAGCCUUUGUCAACAAAGAGUCUGUCCAAAAGGAGGUGAAAGCAAAUCUAUCCCAAAAAGUCACUCUGAGCUGUGAGGUAGCUGAGUCCAAGACAGAGGUGAACUGGUACAAGGAUGGAAAACCCCUUGUCAGUAGCAAGACAAUUCUUGCAGAGUCCAAGGGGAAGAGUCGCCAGCUGGUUAUCGACAGUGUGGAGAAGAAGGAUGCUGGAGAAUACAUCUGUGAAGCCGGUGCUGAGAAGUUGAUCUUUAAACUCCAGGUGGCAGAUGUUCAAAUCAAGCCGGUCUUCUCCAACACUGACUCACUUCAGUGUGAAGUGAUUGCCUCCUUGUCCCAGAAAGCCGUUCUGACCUUUGAGUUGUUUGACAGCAAAACAGAGGUAAAAUGGUACAAGGAUGGCAAAUUGCUGGCCUCCGGUAAGACAAUACACGCAGAGUCCAAGGGCAAGAGCCGUCUGCUGGUGUUUGACAGUGUGGAGAAGAAGGACGCUGGAGAGUAUGUCUGUGAGGCUGGAAGUGAAAAGUUGACAUGCAGGAUGCAGGUGGCAGCAGUUCAAGCCAAGUCAGCCUUCUCCAACAAGGAAUCUGUUAUGAAAGAGGUGAAAGCUUCUGUCACUCAGAAAGCCUCUCUGAGCUGCGAGGUGGCCGAUUUGAAGACCGAUGUAAAAUGGUACAAAGACGGGAAGCUGCUGUCAUCCAGCAAGACGCUUCAUGUGGAGUCGAAGGGAAAGAGUCGUCAGCUGGUGUUUGACAGUUUGGUAAAGGAAGACGCUGGGGAGUACAUCUGUGUGGUUGGAACUGAGAAACUGACCUUCAACAUACAGGUGGCAGAUGCCCCUUGUGGUUUCUCUAAUAAGGACUCUGUUCAGAAGGAGGUGGCAGCCAUUUAUACUAAGAAAGCCACAUUGUGCUGUGAGGUCGCCGAUCCCAAAAGUGAGGUGAAAUGGUACAAGGACGGCAAGCUGCUCGCUUCCAGCACGGCGCUCCACAUGGAGACAAAGGGCAGGAGUCGGGAACUGGUCAUAGAAAAAAUGGACAGAAAAGAUGUCGGGGAAUACACGUGUGAGGCUGGAUCGGAGAAGCUGAUAUUUAAGCUGCAGAUGGCAGAUGUGCCUGCCAAGUUCCAGAAGAAGCUCAUCAAGGACACAUGCAUCAUUCAAGCUAGCGAGCACAUUGUUUUGACCAGCGAGCUGACUGCAGAGAGCAGCUGCAGUGUGAGGUGGUUUAAAGACGGCGUGGAGCUCAAGGAGGGCAGCAAGUACCAAAUAAAAAAAGACAGCCUUACUCGCACCCUUGUCGUCACAUCCGCUGAAUCCAAAGACAGCGGCGUGUACUCCUGUCAGACCGCUGACGACAAACUGGAGUUCAACGUGCAGGUCAAAGGCGAAGCUUUGAAGUUUGUUGUCCCGUUGAAAGCCGCGACAGUCGACUUGGGGGGCGCUUUAAAUCUGACCUGUGAGUUGAACCAAGCCUCGGGCGAUGUCCUAUGGCGGUGCAAUGGUUCUGAGGUUAAACCCAGUGACAGGUUCUGUAUCAAGACGGACGGGGUGAGGCGGGUCCUCAUAGUGACUGGCAUGACUAAGGAAGACGAAGGCGAAUACACCUGUGAAUGUAAAAAUGACAAGACCUCUGCCAAAGUCUCCUCAAAAGCUCCCAGAUCCGUCAGGCUGACUUCCAAACUCAACAAUGUGGCCGCAAUGGAGGGAAAAGACGCCAUGUUCAAGUGCACCGUCAUCCCGGCUGACGCACUUGUCAAAUGGUUCCACAACAAUGUUCCUGUCGCUCAUGGUGCCAAGUAUAAGAUUGAGCACGGUGGCAACAGCCACUCGGUCACAAUCACCUCUGUCAGCCAGACGGACGCUGGUGAGAUCAGCGUGGACGCCGAAGGGAAAAGCUGCAAGGCGAUGCUUCAAGUGCAACGUGAGCCGGUGACAUUCAAGAAGAAGCUGGAGAACCUGACAGUGGAGGAGCAGAGCGAGGCGAAGAUGGAUGUUGAGCUGAGCAAGCCAUCAGACGAAGUCCACUGGAUGAAGAACAGCGUCAAGUUGCAGACUUCGGCGAUUGUGGAGGUCCGAGUGGACGGAGCCAAGCAGGCGCUGGUCUUCAAGAGCGUGACUUGCGCCGACCGCGGCAUCUACUCGUGUGAAACCCUCGAUGACAGAACCCAGGCCAAGCUCACCGUGGAGAUGAAGAAAGUGGAGCUGAUCAAAGGUCUCAGAGAAACACGGUCACACGAGACCGAGACGAUCAGCCUUGAGGUCGAGCUCAGCCAGGCGGAUGUUGAAGGCUUGUGGACCCGGGACGGCAUCAAGUUCAAAUCGGGGCCCAAUGUCUGUGUCACAGCUCUGGGAAAGAAGCACAGCCUCACCUUGUCAAAUCUAACCAGAGGAGAUGCAGGAACCAUUGGAUUCCAAGCGGAAGGCGUCCGGACUUCCUGCAAACUCAUUGUUACAGAACCUCCUGCCAUGAUUUUAAAACCUAUUGUGGACAUUAGCGUUGCUGAGAAGGAGAAGGUCACUUUGGAGUGUGAAGUGUCCAGAACAAAUGCUGAUGUAAAAUGGUUAAAGGAUAAUGUAGAACUGAAACCAGGGAAGAAUUACAGCAUUCACUGUUUGGGUCGAAAACGCACCUUCAUCAUCAACAAAUGCACCCACGAAGAUGGAGGCACUUACAUCUGUCGCACCGAUGAUGACAACACUUGUGCCAAGAUCUCUGUUCAUGCCAGAGAUGUUAAGAUUGUGAAGAAGCUGGAGGAUGUGGAGGUGAUGGAGAAGGAGAGUGCUGCAUUUGUCUGCGAGGUCUCACACGACGAGGUCGAGUGCCAGUGGUACAAGCGAAGCACGAAGCUCAGAGUCAGCGACAACGUCAAGAUGAGACAAGAAGGCAGGACCUAUGUGCUGCUGUUUAAAAGUGUGUCCCCAGCAGAUAUAGGUGAGAUUACAUUUACAGCUAAAAGGGCCUCGUCAACUGCACAAUUGAAGGUGACAGAGCUGCCCGUCAAGUUUGUGAAGAAACUCAGAGAUAAGAUAGCCAUUUAUAAGCACCGUGGCCACCUGGAGUGCCAAGUGUCACGUGCCAGCGCCCAGGUCAAGUGGUUCAAAAACAAGACAGAGCUCAAACCUGGAAAGAAGUACGAGAUCAAAAGCGAGGAUGUGUACCGGAAGCUCACCAUCAACGAUGUGGAUGCCGCAGACGAAGACGUGUACACGUGCGACGCCUCUGAUGACAAGACAUCCUGUACACUGCUUGUGGAAGAGCAAUCCAUAAGCAUUGUGCGGGAGAUGAGUUCCGUCGAGGUAACGGAACCUUUCGCUGCAGUCUUCGAAGUUGAGAUCAGCAUGGAAUUGGUAAAACCACCCGUAUGGACUCACGGAGGUGUCGCCGUCAAGGAGAGCGCCGAUGUCGAGAUGGAGAAAGAGGGCACGAUGCAUCGCCUCACGUUCAAAAAGACCAAAGCGUCUAUGACGGGCCCCGUGCAGUUCACAGCCGGCAAGAGCAAGUCCCUAGCGCAGCUCACAGUCAAACAGCGUCCCCUUGAGGUUGCCGAGCCCAUCAAAGACGUGAAGGCCAAGGAGAAAAGCUCUGCCAUGCUUACAUGUAAAUUCUCCAUCCCACCAAAAGACAAGGUGCAGUGGUUUCAAGGCCAGGUACCACUGGCUGCAUCGGACAAAUAUAACAUCAAGCAAGAUGCUACGAGGGCUCAACUCACCAUUCAUAUGCUGACUGAAGAGGACAGUGGCGAGUACUGCUGUCAGUCCGGACCUGCUACGACGAAAGGCAAUCUACUAGUAGAAGUGCGGGACAUUAAAUUCACCAAGCUUCUGGCUGACACAGAGGUGGAUGAAGACAGCGACGCAGUGUUCACGUGCGAGGUCAACUAUGCCGACGAGGAGGCCCAGUGGCUGCUGAAUGACAAAGCGCUCUUCACCAAUGAAGUCAACACCAUAACCCACAAAGGGAACGUUCAUACGCUCAUGCUUAAGAACCUGGCACCUCAGGACGGGGGGACUAUUACCGUUCAUGUCCGCAAGGUGAAGGAGUCUGUCAGGCUCAAGGUUAAAGAAAAGCCUGCCCUGUUCCUCAAGUCUCUGGAUGAUAUUGUCGGUGAGGAGAAAGACUCCAUCACUCUGGCUUGUGAGGCAUCCAAGCCCAGGGUCUUUCCCACAUGGAGGAAAGAAGGCAACCUGUUGAAGGCUGGACCAAAAUAUGAGUUUCUUCACACAGGCAUGUCUUUAGGGCUGAUCAUCAAGGACGUGACUAAAGAUGACGCGGGGGAGUACACUUGCGAUCUUGGAACUGAGGUGUCCAAAGCAAAAGUCACUGUAAGAGAAAUUGGCAUCGGGAUCACAAAAUGGUUGAAGUCAGCCGAGGUGAACGAGGGAGAGACGUGCGGCUUGGAGUGCAUCUUGUCCCGUGAGAGCACUGACGAGUGCACCUGGACUCUCAAUGGACGAACCGUUACCAGCGGAGGUCGCUUUAAAGUUAACAGCAAGGGACGAAAAUACAUGCUGACCAUCAAGGACGUCACCCCUGCUGACGCCGGAGACGUGGUCUUCAGCAUUAAAGAGCUGACCUCCAAAGCAACCCUGACUGUUGAAGGUAAAGCUUCAUCGCUGUCAAGGGACCUGGAGAAUGUUAGUGUGGUUCGAGGUGAAGAUGCCACUUUUACCUGCUUUGUGACACAAGUGACCUCCUUGGUCAAAUGGGCAAAAGAGGGCAAAGCCAUAAGGAAGAGCCAGAAGUAUGACAUCAUCAGAGAAGAGAGGGUCAUGAAGCUGGUCAUCUACGACGUCUCCAUUAAAGACUCGGGAGAGUACAGUUGUGAGGUUGUCGGAGGGGCAACUACAAAGGCCAGGCUUGAGGUUAAAGAGCCGACCCAUAAAUUCAACAAAGAACUCAAGGACAUCAAAGCAGAUGAGAAGACGUGUGUGACUCUGCAGUGCGAGACGGCCCAAAGCCCGUCCGUGGUUACAUGGCUCAAAGGGCACACAGAGCUCAAGGCCGGUGGUCGAUACGAGAUGAGCCAGAAGGAGUGCGUCUUAUCUCUCACCGUCACACAGCUCCAGGAAGAUGACACCGACAUCUACACUUGUGACGUUGGCACUGCCAAGAGCAUGGCCAAGGUGACCGUUAAAGCCCUGCCUGUCACUUUCAAAGAAAAUCUCAAGAAUCAAGAUGUAAAGGAAGGAGAGACCGCGACGCUUCGCUGUGAGCUAUCGAAGCCCGCAGUCAACGUUCAGUGGAGGAAGUACUCUGAAAUUCUCACCGCUGGAGGGACGUACGAAAUAAAGCAGAAGGAGGCUUCUUGUGAGCUUCGCAUUAAGAAUGUCAAGACAGACCAUAGUGGGGAGUACUCAUGCCUAUGUGGGGACGAGAAGACAUCGGCAACAGUAAAAGUGAAUGCAUUACCGCCAUCCUUCACAGUGAAGCUGCAGAGUCAGGAGGCCGACGAAAGAUCCGGGGUUACUCUACGUUGUGAGACCUCUAAACCUUUAGUACCUGUGGAGUGGAAAAAGGGAGCGCGGGUGCUGUCAUAUGGAGAAAAGUACCAGAUGAAGCAGCAGGCGUGUGUCAAUGAGCUCCUCAUCAGCCAAGCGGAGCCCGAAGACAGUGGAGAGUACAGCUGCGUAUGUGGGGAACACACAACCGUAGCCUGUGUCAAGAUCAAGGCAUUACCAGUGACCUUCACAAAGAAGCUGCAAUGUCAGGAGGCCGAGGAGGGAUCCGGAAUUACACUACGCUGUGAGACAUCGAAACCCGAAGUCCCAUUAGAGUGGAAGAAGGGAAGACAGGUGUUGAAGUCUGGAGCAAAGUACCAAAUGAAGCAGCAGGGGUGUGUCAAUGAGCUGCACAUCAGCCAAUCGGUGCCAGAAGACAGUGGCGAGUACAGCUGUGUGUGUGAGGAGCACACCACUGCAGCUAGCCUCACCGUUAAAGCGCAACCAGUGACCUUCACAAAGAAACUGCAGACUCAAGAGGCCGAAGAGGGAUCCAGGAUUACACUACGCUGUGAGACAUCAAAACCUGGGGUCUCAGUGGAGUGGAAGACAGAAAGACAAGUACUAAAAUCUGGAGAUAAAUACCAGAUUAAGCAGCAGGAGUGUGUCAAUGAACUCCACAUCAGCCAAGCGGUGCCAGAAGACAGUGGAGAGUACAUCUGUGUGUGUGGGGAGCACAAUACUGCAGCUAGUCUCACUAUUAAGGCCCAACUGGUGACGUUCACAAAGAAGCUGCAGACUCAAGAGGCCAAAGAAGGAUCCAGUGUUACUUUUCACUGUGAGAUGACUAAACCUUUAGUUCCAGUGGAGUGGAAGAAGGGAAGACAAGUGCUAAAGUCUGGAGAAAAGUACCAGAUGAAGCAGCAGGCGCGCGUAAAUGAACUCCAUAUCAUCCAAGCGGUGCCAGAGGACAGCGGAGAGUACAGCUGUGUGUGUGGGGAGCACAGUACUACAACAAGCCUCAACAUUAAAGCCCAACCAGUGACCUUCACGAAGCAGCUGCAGAGUCAGGAAGCUGAAGCGGGAUCCAGUGUUACUCUUCGCUGUGAGACGUCUAAACCUUUGGUCACAGUGGAGUGGAAGAAAGAAAGACAGGCCCUCAAGUCUGGAGAAAAGUACCAGAUGAAGCAGCAGGCGACUGUGAAUGAACUGUUGAUUCAUAAAGCUGCAGAGGAAGACAGUGGAGAGUACAGCUGUGUUUGUGGGGAGAACAACACUGCAGCUAACCUCACUAUUAUAGCCCAAGCAGCGACCUUCACAAAGAAGCUGCAGAGUCAAGAGGCGGAUGAGGGAUCCAGUGUUACUCUUCGCUGUGAGACGUCUAAACCCGGCGUCCCAGUGGAAUGGAAGAAGGGAAGACAGAUCCUUAAGUCUGGAGAAAUGUACCAGAUGAAGCAGGAGGUGACAGUGAAUGAACUCCUUAUUCAUAAAGCAACAGAAGAAGACAGUGGAGAGUACAGCUGUGUGUGUGGAGACGACAAAACAACAGCGAGUCUCAAAAUCAAAGCGGUGAAGCUGGCAGCUUCCCUGACAGCCGCGAAAGUGGAAUCAAAGAGGCUGGAAAUUAAAGAAACUGUGAAAGCCAGUGAGACUGAAGCAACGUUGGUAGUUGCUAAGGACAAGCAGCAGAAGCAAGAGAUGCGUGAAACAGUAGAAGUUGUGACACUGCAACAGACGACAGAGAUCUCUAAAAAGCAACUUGUAAAACAAGAGACUCGGGAGCUCAGAGUUGAAGCUCAACCAGUGACCUUCACAAAGAAACUGCAAAGUACGGAGGCCGACGAGGGAUCUAUGGUUACACUUCGCUGUGAGACUUGGAAACCUUUAGUCUCGGUGGAGUGGAAGAAGGGAGCGCAGGUCCUGACGUACGGAGAUAAGUACUGGAUAAAGCAGCAGGCGUGUGCGAAUGAACUCCUUAUCACCCAAGUGGUGCCUGAAGACAGCGGAGACUACAGCUGUGUGUGUGGCGAGCAGACAACCACAGCCUCUGUCAAGAUCAAAGGCAUCAAGCCACCAGCUUCCCUCCCUGUUGCUAAAGUGGAAACAAAAAUACUGGAAAGUAAAGAACAUUUUGAAGUUGUGAAGGCCCCAGCUUCUGUAACUGCUGCUGAGCUGGACUCAGAGACACUGGAAACUGAAGAAACAGUGGAAGCCAAAAGGACUGAAGCUACAUUGGUAGUUGAUAAAGACAAGCAGACGAAGCAGGAGAUAUGUGAAACAGUAGAAGUUGUGACUCUGCAACAGACCAGAGAGACCUCUAAGCAGCAACUUGUGGAACAAGAAAAGCGAGAGCUCAGAGUUGAAGCCCAGCCAGUGCUUUUCAAAAGUCAACUGCAGAACCUUGAGAGGCAGGCAGGGGAGAGUGCGGUUCUCCGCUGUGAGACCUCAAAGCCCGGAGCGAGUGUGAUCUGGAGACACGGUGAUAGGGUGCUUGCAUCCAGCAGCAAGUAUCGCUUGAAACAGGCAGGGACCCUUGUAGAACUCGUCAUCUAUAAAUUGCAGGGAGCGGACUCGGGAGAUUACGUCUGUGAUACGGACAGUCACAAGACCUCAGCCACCCUCACUGUGCAGGAAGUGAAGGUGUCCAUCGUGAAAUUCUUGGAGAGCUGUGUGGUCGGCCAAGGCGAGGACGUCCACUUUGAGUGUCUAGUCUCACACGAGGACGUGCAGACAGCUCAGUGGAAACUCCAGGACAUCCCGCUACAGAAUAAUGAAAUGAAUGUUAUUAAGGCAGAAGGUCCCACACACAGUCUCACACUUCGGGGCGUCACCGAGGCGGACUCGGGCACGGUCACUUUCUCGGUGGGAAACCACACAUCCACGGCCUCGCUGACAGUCAGAGCUGUGCCUGUUUUAUUCAAGAAGACUCUUAACAGCCAAGAGGGCACCGAGAGUGAAAAAGUCAUUUUGUCCUGUGAGACAUCCAGCCCCGACUGCAAGGUGUCCUGGCGGAAGGGCUCAACUCUGCUCGCCCACGGGGAGAAAUACAGCAUCGAGCAGAGCGCCGCCACUCACACUCUUAUCAUUCACAAGCUGAAACCAGAGGAUAGUGGGCAGUAUAGCUGCGACACGGGUGAUGAGAAAAGCACUGCUACUGUCACUGUGAAAGAACACGUACGCAUCCUGCGGGAACUGCACGACAUUACCGUGCAAAGCGGGCAGGAUGCCGUCUUCGAGGUGGAGUUGUCUCACACCGGUGUGACCCAUGGGCAGUGGUGGCUCGCAGACAACCUCCUCCAGAGCAAUGAUCUGAACCAAAUGACCAGCGACGGCAGAGUGCAUCGCUUGGCUCUGAAGAUGGUGACCACUGAUGAAUCGGGAGAUGUCGCCUUCGUUGUCGGUGAAGAAAAAAGCGUCGCUUGUCUGCUGGUGGAAGAGAAACCAAAAGUGCUCAUUGUAGAGAAGCCGCAUAACACGGCGGCAUUAGAGGGGGAAACUGUCACCCUGGCUUGCACCAUCUCCGACCCCAACGUGACCGUGAUCUGGAUGAGAAACGACGCGGCCAUCAAAGCAGGUCUCAAGUACGACCUGAAGCAACACGGAGCAUUCCAGCAGCUUCGCAUACACGAUGUGCUGCCUGAGGACGCGGGGACGUACACCUGCGAGACCGGAGAUGAUCAGUGUGACAUCACCCUAACUGUGAAAGCUGCCCCAGCAUUCUUCAAGAAGGAACUGAAGAACCUGGAAGCCAUCGAGGGCGACGACGUCACCCUCCGCUGUGAGCUCUCCAAGCCGGGAGUCCGCGUGGAGUGGAGGAAAGGUGGCCUGGUUCUUGCACCUGGUAAGAAGUAUGACAUCUGGGAGGAAGGGUGUAUUCAAGAGCUCUGUAUCCGGAACCUGGCUCCGGACGACAGUGGUUACUACACCUGUGAUGCAGGAGAUCAGCUCACCACCGCUUCUGUCACAGUGCAAGUGAACGACGUCUACAUUGUGUGUGGUCUUAAGGCCGUCGACGUUUUUGUUGGGGAAUGGGCAACCUUCUCUUGUCAGCUGUCCGGCCAGGCGCCCGGCAAGGUGCAGUGGUGGCUGGACGGCAGUUUGGUGAAGAGCGGCUCCUUUAGCGAGAUAGGGCUGAGCGAGGGCAACGUCCACACACUCACCUUUAAGAACCUGGCCACAGAUGACUCGGGCACUGUCGUGUUCAAAGCUGGCAGUUUAACCUCAGCAGCCAAGCUCCUUGUCAAAGAUCCCACAGUUGAAGUGGUGAACGACAUGGAGGACCUUAGGGUGGUCGAGAACCAACCGGCCGAGUUCAUCUGCCAGUUCUCGAGGCCGGUGACGGCUGAGUGGAAGAAAGACGGGCAGCCAUUGCAGCCUGAUGGCCGCAGGGUGGUAGUGGAUCAGGACUGGACUGUGGCUCGCUUGUACAUUAGCCGCGUGUGUUCCGGCGACAGGGGCGCCUACUCCUGUGAGGCGGAGGGGACCCGUGUGGUUGCUUCGCUUCAUGUGGAAGCCAAACCCAUCUACAUCGUCCAAGGCCUGGAGAAUGCAGAAACCUUUGAUGGAGGAGAAGCUUUGUUCGAAUCUGCCUUGUCUCGCCCGGAGAACAAAGACUGCCAGUGGCUUCUGGAUGGCAAACCGGUGAAGGACUCACCCAAAGCUGAGAUUGUGUCCUUUGAGAGUGGCCGUCGUCACCUGCUCCUCCUCAAAGAGCUGUGCAUUAGUGACAGUUGCACAGUCACUUUCAGAACAGGCACGGCGUCCACAUCUGCCCAGCUCUCUGUCAAAGGCUGGCAGCUGGGCGUGAAGAGGCAUCUGGAGGACAUGGUGGCCGUGAUCGGAGAAAGGGUGGAGUUUAGUGUGGAGCUGACCGAGCCCGUACCCGUGGCAGAAGUCAUUUGGUACGCUAAUGGAGUGGAACUCAAACCUGGCGACCUGUGGAUCGCCAGGAACGAUGGAUGUCGUUAUCGCCUCAUCCUGAGGCAGGCACCGCUAAUGCCCCAGCAGGAAAUCACGUUCGCAGCUCGGGAUGCUCUUUCUCUGGCCAAGCUCUCUAUUAUUACUGUACCUGACCCCCCGGAGGACCCUGAGGUCCUCAGCAAGACCAAACAGUCUGUCACCCUUUCCUGGUUCACUCCCCUACAUGACGGAGGGAGUUCCAUUCUGGGUUACAAAGUGGAGUUGAGGCUGGCAGACAGCAGUCUCUGGCUUCCGUGUCACUCAACUCUCGUCUGCAACACAGAGUUUGUGGUAGAAAAUCUGAUCCAGGCCACCGGCUACAGGUUUAGAGUGGCGGCCAUCAACAGAGCCGGCACAGGAGAGCCUGUUGAGCUUCCUCAGACUGUGCAGCUGGAAACAGAGGUAAAAGAAGUCGAGUCGGAGCAACUAGGACAGCCCAGUCUUCCUCCAGAGGCUGCUGAAGAAGAUCUACAUGAACUUUGGGAGGCUUCGGCCAAGAAAAGGCGCAUGAGUCGUGAGCCCACUCUAGACUCCAUCACUGAACACUCGGAGGAUGAUAAAGGUGGCCAAAACAAAACAGGGAAGAAGGAGAGCAGUGCUUCAGAGAAUGUAGAGAUGAAGCCAGCAGAGAAGGAGCAGACCAAGAAACAGACAGAGUCUAAAUUGUACACCAGCUCUGAGGAGUCCAGUUCUGGCAGUUCUUCACUUGUGUCCUACCUUAAGAAGAAUAGCCAGCUUCAGUCUUCAGCUACGGUUGUGACCUCUGACAACCAGACACUAGCCACAGAGCGCUUCUUUAAACACUUCCAGAUGUCUGACCAGACAACGGCUACAGUUCAGCGGACUGAAACAAAACACGUGUCAACACAGGAGACUGACAUGCUGGAGAUCAGCAAAGAAGACGAGCCUGAGCUCAGAGAAGCUGCCAUUAAGAUCCAAGCUGCCUUCAAGGGCUACAAGGCACGCAAGGAUAUGCGGCCCAUCUUCAAGGAGGUCUUCAAAGACCAGACCAAAGAGCCAAAUGGCACCAUACAUCUGGAAUGUGUGGCAGAGGGUAAACCUGAUAAGGUGCGUUGGCUGAAGGAUGGAGAACAGCUGUCUGACGGCAAGCACCACCACAUCGACAUCUACAACGAUGGCACAUGUUCUCUGGUCAUCACUGCCAUCACCACAAAGGACACAGGCGUGUACACAUGUGAGGUCACCAAUAAGUUUGGAGUCAUCUCUCACAGUGGUAAGGUCACCGUGGGAACGGUGAGAGAAUCAUCCGGGCGGCGUCCACUGACAGUUGGCUACAGCGCAGACAGCGAGCCUGAUAGCUCGUCAGGGAGCGAGAUGGACGAGUCGCUGAGACAGGCGAGCAGACGUCUCCGCCGGCUGCUGCGUACGCAUCUCCCGCCGGACGUGGAGGAAGAGCCUUUUGUCAGCGCAGACGAAGGAGACCUCCGUCCUCCGGAUCCUCACUCUUACCGUGAGGACGACACCUACAUUUAUAUCCGCUUUGACACGUGGUCAGAGGCAGAGGUGGCAUCAAAGAGGUUCCAGGAGAUGUUUACGAUCCACGGAGUACCCGUGGAGACCACUAUCCUGGAGGCCGGACAUCUCAAAGUAGAGCUGCGUAUUAGGAAGUUGGGAUACACUGAAGAUGGUAGGGAAACGCCCACUCAAGAAAAACAACCUCCUGCAUUCCUGUCUGGAGCUCCUGCUGCUCCCGUCUUCUUGACAGAGUUACAAAAUCAGGACGUGCCGGAUGGCUAUCCUGUCAGCUUCGAUUGCGUGGUGAUCGGCAAGCCGUCACCCACUGUCCGCUGGUACAAAGACGGCAAAGUGCUGGAGGAGAAUGACCACUACAUGAUCAAUGAGGACCAGGAGGGCUGCCAUCAGCUUAUAAUCACCGCUGUGUUGCCCACUGACAUGGGCGCUUACCGCUGCACGGCGGAAAACAGCAGCGGUAUUACGGCCACCAGGGCUGAACUCAGGGUUGACUUGUCUUGCAGCUCCGAUUAUGACACUGCUGCAGACGCCACUGAAACGUCAUCUUACAUCAGUGCCAAGGGCUACUUGUCCAGGGAGACUGAGACCUUUGAGUCUGUGACGGAAGAUGAUCAGUUGCCUCAAGUUGUAGAGGAACUUCACGAUGUUCACGCCAGUCCAGGUUCACCAAUGGCUAAAAUGCAGCUCAGAGUAAAAGGUUUCCCCAAACCAAGAGUGUACUGGUUCAAAGAUGGCCACCCCUUGCGCGCCUCCGAAAGGAUUUCACUGUUAGCGCAGCAAGACGUUCACACUCUGGAGGUCCUGGAGGUGAAGAAAGAGGACAUGGCGGAAUAUUCGGCCUACAUUAGUAACGCGGCUGGUUCUGCUUACUCCUCUGCCCGACUAAUUGUUCUAAACCCAGGGGAGAUCAUACCACAAGAUCUGAAAGACUCCCGGGAGUCAUUGGUGCCACCACGUUUCUUGGAAAAGUUCAGCAACAGAAAAGUGAAACAAGGAGCCAGCAUCACAUUAUCUGUCAAAGUUGAAGGAUCUCCCACUCCAAUGGUCUCCUGGCUAAAGGAGGAGUCAAUGGAGGAGGUGCUGUGGAUCAAGCCUGAUACCAAAGGAUACAAAGUAGCGAGCUCAGGUAGCCAGCAUAGCCUCAUCUUGAUGGACGUUGGAACAGAGUACACUGGUGCCUACACCUGCAUUGCCACCAAUAAGGCGGGACAGUCCAUCUGUACCGCUCACCUGGAGGUGGAUGACGCUCCACCGCAAAAGAAAGAGACCAAAGCAUCGGAAGUCCUUGGGAUUACUGUUAGUCCACCAGAGGAAGAUGCAAAGAGGGGAAAGGAGAGUAAAAUGUCAUACCUUGGAGAAGUCGGCUCUGAGGAAUUCCUCAUGAAACUCACCUCCCAGAUCACUGAAAUGGUAUCGGCCAAGAUUACACAAGACAGCACACAGAAUCAGGAAGUGCUCCAGUGGAUGAAAUCUUGGCCCAAAACUACCACAUCACUGCGCGUUCCAGGCGCCGACAGUGACGACGAGACCAAGACCCCUUCGGCUUCUCCACAUCACGGUCGCUCCCGCCCCCCCUCCCUCGUGGCUGACUCCUCGUCUGAGUCUGAUGAGGGGGAUGCCAGGGGAGAGAUGUUCGACAUCUACGUGGCGACGGCCAACUACGACCCCAUCGUGGCCGGCAAAGAAUCCAUCUCCUUGAAAGAGGGACAGUACGUGGAGGUGCUGGACUCGGCCCACCCGCUCAAAUGGCUCGUCCGGACCAAACCCACCAAGAUGACGCCGUCCCGCCAAGGAUGGGUGUCACCUGCCUACCUGGACAAAAAGCUCAAACUAUCUCCUGAUACGGGCGACCUUCCUGAGAUGAGCGCAGAGGAGGUGUCUGAGGGAGAGUACAAGAAGAAGUUAUUCCAGUUGAUCCAGGACAUAAUCGGUGGCGAAUCAGAGUUUGUCAAAGAGAUGGACUUCUUCACGUGUCGUCACCUGAGGCACGCAGACACUCCUGAUGCGCCGACUGACGUCAGCAGCCAGAGGGAGGCCAUCUUUAGGAACAUAAACGACUUAAAGGACUUCCACAGCAUGGCGUUCCUCCCAAAGCUAAAUGACUGUGAGACAGAUGACGACGUAGCCAUGUGCUUCCUGAAGAAUAAGGAAGGCUUUGAGAAGUACCUCCAGUACCUUGUAGGUCAGAGCCAGGCCGAAAGUGCCGUCUGUGAAAAAACAGUGCACCGCUUCUUUAAGGAGUACACAGAGAAGGAACAAGCCAAAGCAGACCCGGCCGACCCGCCCGUAUGCAGUAUCAACGCCUACCUGCUGCAACCUCUGGACAGGAUUCAGAAGUACAAGGCUUUCCUCAAGGAGCUCAUUCGAAACAAGGCGAGGAAUGGCCAGAACUGCUGCCUGCUGGAAGAAGCUUACGCCAUGGUGUCCGCGUUGCCUCAACGCUCGGAAAAUACCCACCACGUCUCCAUGAUUGUGAAUUACCCUGCGACUCUUGAAGCAUUAGGAGAGCCUCUUAGACAGGGCCCUUUCCAAGUUUGGGAGGGAGCUCCUGGAAUAAGGACGUCCUCUCGAGGUCACCACCGCCACGUCUUCCUCUUUAAGAAUUACUGCGUCAUCUGCAAAUCCAAGAGAGACAGCAACACCGACACGCAAACAUACGUCUUUAAGAACAUGAUGAAGCUGAACAACAUUGACGUGAAUGACACGGUGGAGGGCGACGACCGAGCCUUUGAGAUCUGGCAUGAACGCGAGGAUUCGGUGAGGAAAUACACCUUGCAGGCCCGAACGGUGACCAUCAAGAACUCAUGGCUUAGAGACCUGCGAGAACUUCAGCAGAGACACAGCAUGCCUGCCUGGAGUCCUCCAGACUUUGUAGCAAUUCUAGCAAACUGCACAGCCGAGCUUGGGCAGACAGUUAAACUGGCGUGCAAAGCCACAGGAGUCCCCACACCUGCCAUCACCUGGUACAAGGACGGACGUAUAGUGGAGGCAGACCCUCAUCACAUCAUCAUUGAGGACCCCGAUGGCUCCUGCACGCUCAUCCUGGAUAACAUGACAGCAGAGGAUUCGGGCCAGUACAUGUGCUUUGCUACAAGCUCAGCCGGCAACGCCAGCACGCUGGGCAAGAUCACUGUACAAGUGCCUCCAAGAUUUGUGAACAAAAUGAGGAAUGCUAUAUGUAUCGCCGGUGAAGAUGCUCAGUUCACCUGCGUCAUCCAGAGCGCCCCGAGUCCUAAAAUCAGAUGGUUCAAGGACGGACGGCUGCUGAGCGACCAGGAAAAGUACCAGACCUACAGUGAGCUCCGGAGUGGAGUUUUGGUCUUGGUGAUCAAAAACGUGACAGAUCGAGACCUAGGACACUACGAGUGUGAGUUGUCCAACCGUCUUGGCAGUGCCAGGUGUGCUGCUGACUUAGUUCCUCCGUCCGCUGUUGGCACUGGUGAGCAGGCCGUAGUUAUUGAAGUUACCGAGCAGGAGACAAAAAUACCAAAGAAAACCAUCAUCAUUGAGGAGACAAUCACCACAGUGGUGAAGAACCCGCGAAUGAGGAGGCACAAGUCACCUGGCGUGACCAUCACUGGAGCCCACCGCUCAGAGAUGACCGCCUUGGAGACCUCCACCACCAGGACCAGGAGGAUGGCCGCUCCCAGGAAAAGCGCAGUGCCAACCUUCUAUGUCACGGAGGCUGAAGGUGCCGGUGUCUCAGCGAGCAAGCCCAGUUGGGUCGAGGUGGAGGAAGUGAUCGAGUACAAGGUCAAUAAGUCUCCCAGGCUGUCUAGGAGGAGGGGUGUGUCGCCCGCCAUCUCGGACCGCUCGACCGCUCCUGCAAGACCCAAAAGAUCGCCCCCGGAGAACCCGAAUGCAAACAAUUCCAACAACAAUCUGGUGGAGCUGGGUGGCAGGGCCAGCGGCCAGACACUCCCCUGGGAGGAAGAAGAGCCACCUUCUGGUUCAGGAGAUCCCCAUGAGCUCUCAUCUGUUCUUACCACAGGUGGAGAGCCCUAUGAAGACCUGGAAGAUCAGCAAAUUGUCGUCUUUGAACCUUGUGAUGAUGAAGACCUUUGCGGAAAGCAGGACGCAAAGAUGCUAACACGUGGAGGUCGUGUUCUUGCACUGGAAGACUUGGAGGAUUACGUCCCAGAGGAAGGAGAAUCUUACAGAUCAACCAGCUACAGUCCUGCUGAGAAGCCUUGUGAGAUCUCUGUACUCCAGAGGGAGGUCGGCGGCUCCACCGUGGGACAACCAGUGCUCCUCAACCUGGGACGCCCCGUCGUGUUCCCAAGGCGGAGGAGCAGAUUCUUCGCUCGCCUCCGAGAGCAUCUCUCCGACGGUCUAUUCCCAUCUAAUGCGCCGCAAACGAGCGAUAGCCAAUCUGAAAGGCGUGUCCCCAUUCAAGUGAGUCACGCAAAGCUGGAGGUGAAGCCUUCUUACUGCUCUGAGGUGCAGAGGGUGGAAGGAGGGCAGCGGAGCUUUAAAACCAAAAUAUCAACUCAGACAUACAGCUAUACAUCCGUGGGAAACCCGGUUACCCUUCAAAUUAGUGACGAUCAGCACCAGAACCAGUAGCAUUGAAUUCUGUUCACCGCAAUCCUCCUUAGUCUUAAACAGCAUCGGUUCACGUCCUAUCCUAGCUUUCAGUAUCUAUACAGCUUUUACCGAACCAUUCCAUAUGACAAAAUAUUUGUUCCUGUCACAUGGUAUCACGUGUUCAUGCGAUCCUAUUUGGGGCAUCACGACAGUCAAACUGAGAGUUUGGUCAUCUUCGAUUUAGUCAAACCAAAUGGUGGACCAGAAACCUUUUUGUUUCUGUAACUGACACCAAAAAAAAAAGAUCACUAGACUCAAGUGGAAUGAUAAUUAACAUCGCAAAUUCUUUAAAUUGCUAAUCUGAUGUGUCUUGAAGCACCUACGGCACUAGAGAGCACACUACAUCCAAGUUAUGUUACCUCUUCUGUGCAACAUUGUUCUGCUUAAAACACUUAAAGCACUGCAGGAGUUCAGAACAUUCAGAAAGAUGCCAUCACAUAAAAUCAAACACUGGAUUGUAAAAAAAAAAAUGACUAUCCAUUUAUGUUUUUUUUUGUUUUUAAAUACCGCUUUCCUGUUCUGGGCAACCUGUAGCCUAUCCCAGCUGAUACUGGCAAAAGGCAGAAAACGGUCACAGUCAACAGAUCGCAAAUUCACAACAUCACUGAGCGAGUGAACCACAAAACAGUCAAUGGCUUAAAAGUAAAAAGAAAAUCUUGAUAUAGAAACACAGAAUUUUUGUUGAUGAAGCAUUAUGCAUUUACACAUAAAUUAUAGGUAGCAUUUAUGUAUGAAUUAGGUAUUUAUUGCUUGUGUUGAUUUAAAAAGUUGGUGAAUCUUUUUUGAGACAACCAGGUAUUUAAUUGAAUUCAAUCAUUUGUGUGAGUAAGUAAUGUAUCAUGUUGCUCCCAUUAAUAGUGCAAUGACUGUCUUGAGUCUGUUCAUGCAGCGCAAUAACGUGAGCUCACAGGGUCGUGUUCAGUUCAUUUAGAUGAUUCACUGCAUUUUUUUGCUUUUCCAAAGCACUGGGGAGUUUUUAAGUUUAAAGGGAUUGAAGUACUCAAUUAAAAAUCUGGGGUGUUGUAUAGUUCGGUGUCAUAACACUCUAAAUAGAUUGUAGUUGCUUGUACUAUAAAUGU